CCCCGCGCCAGAGCGCAGUUCCGAGCGCAGCCCAGAACUGCAGCUUCGCGGCGCGGGCCCGGGCCGGGGUCGCGCAUCUCCAGCGGGACUGAGCAGCCAGGCGCGAGCGAAAACAAACAUCUGGGGCUGCGAGCGCCCCUACCCCGGCCCCAAGAGCAAGCCGGCCCGGGCCCCCACUCGGGGCGCCCGCCCGCCCACCAUGAGGAAGAUCCGCGCCAAUGCCAUCGCCAUCCUGACCGUUGCCUGGAUCCUGGGCACUUUCUACUACUUAUGGCAGGACAACCGAGCCCACGCAGCAUCCUCCGGCGGCCGGGGCGCGCAGAGGGCCGGCGGGAGGCCAGAGCAGCUCCGCGAGGACCGCACCAUCCCGCUCAUUGUGACAGGAACACCCUCCAGAGGCUUCGAUGAGAAGGCGUACCUGGCAGCCAAGCAGCUGAAGGCUGGAGAGGACCCUUACAGGCAGCAUGCCUUCAACCAGUUGGAGAGUGACAAGCUGAGCCCAGACCGAGCCAUCCGGGACACGCGCCAUUACAGUUGCCCGUCUGUUUCCUACUCUGCGGACCUGCCGGCCACCAGCGUCAUCAUCACCUUCCACAAUGAGGCCCGCUCCACCCUCCUGCGCACUGUGAAGAGUGUCCUGAACCGAACUCCAGCCAGCCUGAUCCAGGAGAUCAUCUUAGUGGAUGACUUCAGUUCAGAUCCUGAAGACUGUCUGCUCCUGACCAGGAUCCCCAAGGUCAAGUGCCUGCGCAAUGAUCGGCGGGAAGGGUUGAUCCGGUCCCGCGUUCGUGGGGCAGAUGUGGCCACAGCUGCUGUGCUCACCUUUCUGGACAGCCACUGUGAAGUGAACACCGAGUGGCUACAGCCCAUGCUGCAGCGGGUCAAGGAGGACCACACCCGUGUGGUGAGCCCCAUCAUCGAUGUCAUCAGUCUGGAUAACUUUGCCUACCUUGCUGCAUCGGCUGAUCUUCGUGGAGGAUUUGACUGGAGCCUGCAUUUCAAGUGGGAGCAGAUCCCUCUUGAGCAGAAGAUUGCCCGGACCGACCCCACCAAGCCCAUAAGGACUCCUGUCAUAGCUGGAGGAAUCUUUGUGAUCGACAAGUCCUGGUUUAACCACUUGGGAAAGUAUGAUGCCCAGAUGGACAUCUGGGGUGGAGAGAAUUUUGAGCUCUCCUUCAGGGUGUGGAUGUGCGGUGGGAGCUUGGAGAUCGUGCCCUGCAGCCGGGUGGGCCACGUCUUCAGGAAACGGCAUCCCUACAACUUCCCUGAGGGCAAUGCCCUCACCUACAUCAGGAACACCAAGCGCACUGCAGAGGUGUGGAUGGAUGAAUACAAGCAGUAUUACUACGAGGCCCGGCCCUCGGCCAUCGGGAAGGCCUUUGGCAGUGUAGCCACGCGGAUCGAGCAGAGGAAGAAGAUGAACUGCAAGUCCUUCCGCUGGUACCUGGAUAACGUCUACCCAGAGCUCACAGUCCCCGUGAAGGAAGUGCUCCCCGGCAUCAUUAAGCAAGGGGUUAAUUGCUUAGAAUCCCAGGGCCAGGACUCAGCUGGGAACUUCCUGCUUGGAAUGGGCAUCUGCAGAGGGUCUGCCAAGAACCCCCCAGCACCCCAGGCGUGGCUGUUCAGCGACCAUCUCAUCCAGCAGCAGGGGAAGUGCCUGACUGCAGCCUCCACGUCCAUCACCCCAGGCUCCCUGGUCCUACUGCAGGGGUGCAACCUGAGAGAAGGCAGGCAGAGAUGGAGGAGAAAAGCCUCUUUCAUCCAGCACUCAGUCAGCGGCCUCUGCCUGGAGGCCAAGCCCGCCCAGCUGGUGACCAGCAAGUGCCAGGCCGACGCCCCCGCCCAGCAGUGGCAGCUAUCGCCGCACACAUGACGGUAGCCUGGGGCCUCCCGUACCUUUUGCAUGAGACUUUGGGACUGGAAGCGGGUUAGGGUGGGGGAGUGUAAAGCAGGCCGUCCCCAUCUCCUCACAUUUCCGCCGGAAUCAUCAGCAAACACCCCUGCCACGACACACAGCUCCCCAAAGCUUGUUCAGGGCGGGCACAGGGGGGCAGGCCCUGAUGCUCUGGCUGCCAGCCCGGCCCUGCCCCAGAAGAGGAGACGGGCAGGAUGCUGGACUGCUGCUGGGUGGAGCCUGGGCAGCCCACCCCCCGGCCCUUUGUCCCCUUCCCUUCACCCUCCCAGGGCCCCUGCUGGGUCACAGGGCCUAGCUGUGGGGCCGGCACGAAGGGACAAUGUGGGCAGCAUGGAUGGGGAGGCUGAGGGCCCGCCGAGGGGGUGCAGCAUGAAGGCAGAUGGAGAACAAGAAGGAGGUGAGAAGCUCUGUGGCCUGUCCCAGGCGGGUGCUGGGUUGAGCGUGGGAGGGAUAGGAUCUGGAGCAAAGGAUGGGUAAUUUGCAGAAGGACAUGGAUGGAAAAGCAGCAGAGCCCCAAAAGAAUUAGUCUCUUCCGGACAACCCAUAGUUCUUCCCAAGCUGUGUCAGUCCCCGCGCAUCGCGCCCAGCGCUCUGGCCUCCACGUUCCUAGCAAGAGGCUGCAACGGGGUCUUCAGGGGCAGCCUUGGGACCCAGUUUAUUAAACAGAUCCCGCUUCCGUUUGGCCAUGUGUCAGGCCAAGACCCCUUUCCUUGGGCCUAAAGACCAGCUGGUGCCCUGUCUGCUCUGCCCGGGCCCGUGGUGAUGACCCUGUGUGGGCGGGCAACCACCAUGCACCCUGGAGCAGCCCCAUCCUCGUUCAGACUUUGGCUCCUGCCUUCUCAAAAGCCUUUGUCUCCGUAAAUACAGCAUUAUGGUGGUGAAGUAGCUGGUAAGAACAGGACCUCCCUUCUGGAGCUAAACAUUCCCUAAGACAUUAGGGAGUAAGUCCCGGAGGCUAAGCCUCAUCCUCACCCCUCCCCGCUGCAGGAGGGAGGCCUGAGAGGAUCAGUUCCCACAGUGAGCGGGGAGGCUGGCUGGCGGCUCCUGUUCGUGUGGAGAAACCCAGUUCCUUCUCACGGCCACUGGGCCCAUGGCCUGGUCUUGGAAAUGCUUCUGCUAUUCCCCAUUUCCUCUUCCCCAGCCCUAGUGGCUCAGGCAGGAUGAUCUUUGGCAAAAGACCAGGGGUAUAAGGACCCCUGGGCAUCUCCCUCCCAAAGCAAAUCCGCCUGGGACCUCUAGGGAGUUCAUGGAUUCCAGAGGGCCCGGGACUCUCCUGAAAUUGUCCCCCCAAAUCGUGCAUGUGUGUGCAGAUGUGCAUUUUCCUGGGGAGAGGGUCCAUGGAUCGCCCCAGCUUCUUGCAGAGGUCCCUGAUCCCCAAAGGGUCUGCACCUCUGCUCUGGCCUGGAGCAACCACCGGGCUGAGCUGCCAUGCGCCUUCUCCCUUCCUGGUGAGCCUAGAUUGCUGGUUCCUGCUCCUCCAUGGGCCCUCAGGCCAGCAGCCCUGCCAUGGGGGGCCUCAGUAGCUUCCUCGCCCCCUGGCUCUCACCAGGCGCUCAAGCAGUGCUCCUGGGCCCCAGCACAGGGCCCUUGGCCCCCCGGGGGCCCCAUCUCCCGUCCUCUGUCACCGUGUUUCCUCCACCCCCUUCUCUGUUGUGCCUGUCCUCCCCAACCCCCCUGCAGCGUGGCCCCUUGGGGAUGGCGGGGCACAGCUUCCCUCACUGAGUGUAAGGGGGCUGCUGCUCAGAGAAGCCUGAGAGCCCCUCCCUUCCCUGUGAGCCGACUGCAGCUGUCAGACGUCCCUGCCUUCCCUGUGGGCCCACUGCACCUGUCAGACACCCCUCCCUUCCCCGUGGGCCCACUGCACCUGUCAGACACCCUCCCUUCCCUGUGGGCCCACUGCACCUGUCAGACGCCCCCUCCCUUCCCCGUGGGCCCACUGCACCUGUCCACCGCCCCUCCCUUCCCUGUGGGCCAACAGCACCUGUCAGACACCCCUCCCUUCCCCGUGGGCCCACUGCACCUGUCAGAUGCCCCUCCCUUCCCCGUGGGCCCACUGCACCUGUCCACCGCCCCUCCCUUCCCUGUGGGCCAGCUGCACCUGUCAGACACCCCUCCCUUACCCGUGGGCCUACUACACCUGUCCGCCGUCCUUCGUGGUGGGACUCGGCCCUGCUCUGCUCUUGCUUUUCCUCUUCUUGACCAAAGCAUGUGCCACUCGCUGCCGUCCCUGAGGGGCCUCGUCUUUAUGAAACGUGCACCUGGAAUAAAACCACUUCUCACCCA